UCUGUUAUAAGUUUUUAUUUAUUUACUUACUUACACACAUAGUCCAGGUUCUCGUUUACUCUCUAACUUUUUUUUCUAUCUUCCUUCCAGCGAACUAACAAACUUGUAACCCCAUUCCUUUCUCUCUCUCUCUCGCUGUCUCACUCCCUACUCUCUCUCUCCCUUUCUCUAUCGGAAUUCCGUCAAGUCCGGAGCCUUUCUCAUGUCCCCUGGUGCAAGGAAGUGGACUUCGCCAUGGGGUCCUGCCUCAGUCUUGACCAAGAAGAGCUGAAAGCUCGGGCCAGGAGUGCCGCUAUUGACAAACAACUACGGGCAUCUGCCAAAGAGGAAGAAACUGUAGUGAAAAUCUUGCUUUUAGGUGCUGCUGAAAGUGGUAAAAGUACCCUGGUAAAGCAGAUGAAAAUUAUUCACAAUGACGGUUUCUCCAAAGACGAAUUAUUGGCUUUCAGGCCUGCAGUACUAGACAAUCUGUUGAAUUCCAUGAAGUAUGUUUUGGCAGGGAUGGGAGUAUUACGGAUUAAUCUGGAUGACCCCCGAAACAGGCUGAACGCUCAGAAGGUGCUUGCAUGCAAUUACUGCAUGACCGAAAACCAAACCAUGAUUCCAUAUGUGUGGGAAGCACUCUACAAUCUAUGGAUGGACAAAGGUGUUAGAAUUGCAGUAUCACGGGGCUACGAAUAUGAACUGAAUGAUUCAGCAAUCUACUAUUUUGAAAACAUGAACCGGAUCUGCUCAAUGACAUAUAUUCCAAACUCCACAGAUGUGUUACGUGCCCGAGUACGUACGACCGGCGUUUUAGAAACCUGCUUCAGAAUCAACUAUGUGAUAUUUCGAAUGUUUGAUGUUGGUGGUCAGCGGUCAGAACGGAGGAAGUGGAUCCAGUGUUUUGAUGAUGUGCGAGGGGUUUUGUUUGUGGUGGCCCUUAGUUCCUAUGACAUGUGCCUGUAUGAGGAUCAUACCGUGAACCGAUUGCAAGAAAGUCUGACCCUUUUCAAAGGCAUUUGUAAUAACUCAUUCUUCUAUUUCUCCUGUAUGAUACUCUUUCUCAACAAACUCGAUUUAUUCAAAGACAAAAUCCUCCAUUCUCAUCGUCAUCUACAUCUGUUCUUUCCGGAAUAUAAAGGUUCAAUCCAGGACGUAGACGCAGCGGCCAUGUACAUCCAGAACCUAUUUCAAAUGCAGAAUCGAAACCAGUACAAAGUCAUCUACCCCCAUUUCACCACGGCAACCGACACCAGCAACAUCCAGGUCGUCUUUGAAGUCGUGAUGGAAUCCAUUCUGAAAGAGAACCUCAAAGCAGCCGCUCUCCUUUGAACCAUGGAAAUCAAUUCACCUGUAACCGAUGGUCACACACAGAUGCCAAGAACUCAUACUGCUAUUACUACUACUACUACUACUACUACUGCUGCUGCUGCUACUGCUGCUGCUGAUGUUGCUGUUUUUGCAGGGGUGGGUGGUGAAGGGGAGGUUGUUUUUAGUUGUUGAAUUUUUACAAAAAAACAAACUUUUUUUUUUUUAUUUUCAAGCCAGACAAAUAUGAGAAAAUCUCGUGGGUUCUGCAGUUUAGAAUACAAAACCCACCCCAACCCUUGUUCGUGGUGCCAUCUGAUGUUGACUGAGUGAAAGUAAAGUUGCGGAGUUUAUGUGUGAGAAAGCUGAUCUUUAGAUGUAUAUAUAUAUAUAUAUAUAUAAUAUAUAUAUAUAGUAAAACACAUACACACUCACAAACAUGCAUGCCUGUAUAUAUGUAUAAACAUAACUAUAUAUAUAUAUAUAUACACUCAAACAUAUAUAUAUAGUGUACAAUACCGUGAUGGUAAGAUCAACUAAAAAAUGUACUCCCUCUGGUGAGAGAUAAAUAUCUUUGUCCGUUAUGCCAUGUAGGUAGUGUCUGAUGAUUUUUACUAGGACACCAGACGUGUUAAAAAACACUGUUUGGCAUGUUCUCAGCGCAUGAAACUGGUAAUGGCACAUAAAACCAUAUACUGUGUUUAUUAAAAUAUAUAUAUAUAUAUAUUUAUACAUACAUACAUAAACACAGUGGGACCUUGGUUUGCAAAUUUCAUUUGUUCCUGAGGGCCAUUUGCCACCUGGAAUGGUUGUAAACCAAAGCUAUUUUUCACAUAUGAAAUUCAAGAGAAGACCCAUCAAAUUUGAGCUGAGAUGUUACGCUGAGUGGAAGCUGGGCAGCAACUGGUCGCCAUCCGUUGUUACCUGCUUGCUUCUUCAUUACUAGAGACACUAUUCAUCACCUGAGACGUUUAACGUUUGAAAACUUGUUCAUAACCUGAUUUGUUCACGAUGAGAGGCAUUCAUAAACCAAGCUUCAGUGAUUAGAGUGUUGGGCUGACAAUCAUGAAGUAGCGAGUUCAGUUCCUGGGCCAAGUUGUGUGUUACGUUCUUGAGCAUAACACUUUAUUUCAUGUCGCUCUGGUUCCGCUCAGCUGCAGAAAUGCGACAUCACUGGUGCCAGGCUGUAUUGGCCCCUUUGCCUUUAUCUUGGAUAGGCGACUGCUGGUCUUCCAUAAACAAGCUUGUCCAGACUUGUGCUUUGAAGGAUACCUUUCUAGGUAAAAUCUCAUGGUCAUUCAUGACGAAGGAGGGUCUUUAUCCUAUAUAUAUAUAUGUGUGUGUGUGUGUAUCUGUGUGUUUGUGUGUAUCAUUACCAUCAUCAAUUAAUGUCAUUCAAUGCCUGUAAUCUAUACAAGCAUGGGUUGGACGAUUGACUGGGAUCUGGUGAGACAACAAGGUUGCGUGAAGCCCAAUGAAGCUCUCUGAUACACUGGAUGCUGUCAAGCUAUUCCAACCCAUGGGAUACAGAUACUAAUGAUGAUGAUGAUUUUAUGUAUAUUGUAUAUAUUUGUACACCCGUCUCUUUAGAUAUACAGCUGUAUAUGUACACAUGAGUGUGUGUGUGUGUGUAUAUAUGUAUGAAUGUACACAUGUACAUAUUUGGUAAAACUAACAAGGGUAGAAAAAAAAAGUUGUGAAUAUUAUAUAUGUUGAUCGAAAGGGUUUUUUUAAUCCACUAUAUUAUAUGUUGUUAUUUAUAGCUUUAUCAGCUUCAAGAUUCACCGUUCCUGAAAUUAACAAAAAUAUAUUUUAAAUCUUAAUGAGCAGAUAUAUAUAUAUAUAUAUAUAUAUAUAUAUAUGUAUCUAUGUAUAUAAACCCAUGUGUAUUUGUGUGUGUGUAUGUAUUUUUCAAGAAAAUCGCAUUUACAUUUUCUUGCAGUGAAGAAGCAAACCAAAAGUUUGGCAUUUGGGGCAGGUCCCUUCAUUAUGAACAUUUUUGUAAUUAGUAUUUUGUUAACAAAGACCAUCAGUAAUAUUCUAUACACAUACACACACACACACACACAUAUAUAUAUAUAUAUAUAUAUAUAUAUAUAUAUAUAUAUAUAUAUUGUUUGUUCCUU